AUGCUGGAUAUGGAUGCAGUCGACGCACUCGUCGCCAAGAAGGAGGCCUUGAUUGGCGUGGUGGGCUUUACGAGUGAGGCUCUGAUUCUGAUCUCGUAUGGCUACGACACCUUGAGUCUGGUGGCUGUGGCACCGAAGCUGGAUGUUGCGAUGGUGCCGGCGGCGGCGGGGCCGGGUGCUGUUGGCGCCGCUUACGAUGUAAGGUAA